AUGCUCUCCUGGGACCAGAUCCUCGAACUCAUCGCCUCGGGCGAGCUGCAGGAGCUCAAGCGCACGCCGCGCGUCGCUGAGCUCUACCAGCAGUACCGCGCCGAGCUCGCCGCGCAGCACACCACCGUCGUGGACGCCGUGAUCGACCGGAAGCUGCGCUGGGACCGCUGCGAGCUCGCUGCGCUCGACGCACGCCUGCCGACCGCGGAGGCCCGCGCCGUGGCCAUGCUCUCCGAUCCGGCGCUCUACAAGCUGCUGCCCAACGACUUCCCGUACGACUUCGACCCGCGCGUCUCCCACCUCGUGCUGUGGAGCAAGGUCCGCAUCCCGCUCUACAAGCACCACGGCUCGCGCGAAACGGUCCCCGCGGUCUACGAUAAGAUCCAGAGCUUCCUAAGCGCGAAGCUGCGCCCGCACGGCGUGCGAAACUUCGCGUGGUUCAUCAACUAUCCGCACCUCCAGAGCGUCAAGGCCGUGUCCCAUAUCCACAUCCUAAUCUACACAGAGGACGCGCACGUGAUCUCGGACAUUCUCGAGGGCGGGUUCCUCAAGUAG